UAAACUAUGUAAACUAUAGAGUUAAUAUCAAUACCCUGGUUUGUUUUGAUUUAAAUCGUGAAUAUGUACGAAAAUGUUUGAUACUGAUGAGCUAGUAUCUCUUUGUAAUAUAUAUAUAUAUUCUGUAUUAUCAUACUAUUUGGAGGAUUAUUUAAGUCCUGAAUAUGAAUCUAGACUCCGAAAUAAAUAGUGUACAAUAGAAAGGCUUAAUGAAAAUGGAAUCAGUGAUUUUACAAGCAGCACUUUUACUUGGAUUCGGAUAUACGACAUUUAUAUCAGCAAAUUUUGAGAUUACCACUACUGGAAACAGUGGCGAAGGCUUUUCUCAAGGUUCUGAGGCUAUCCUUGCUUGUACAAUAAACCCAUAUACAGGAAGUCAAACAUGGAAGGUUGAUAAUGUAUCGGUUGCAGAUUGUGGAUUUGUUUUGUGUUCUGAAAAUACCUCGAACCCAGAACGGUACUCAUUUAUGCCAAACGUAAGCACUGGCAAUUUCCUCUUUACAAUAAAUCCGGUCGAAUAUGCAGAUGAUGGAAAUAUCGAUUGUUUUGAUGGAAGCAACACGGAAACAUUUACUAUGGUUGUUACAGACCCGAGUACAACUUCUACAACAGAAACAGCGCAGUCAUAAGUUACUCUGCGAAAAUCAAAAGCUUUUACAGAUAUUGUAUUAUCCUCAACUAUCGAAGCCAAUACACAAAUGGAGAAAAGCACGGCAGCUACAAUUUUGCCUAAUAUCAGUUUUUCAACAACAACAACAAAGUUAGACGCAGGAACUAAGCAUGGCCUCUUCAUUGUUAUAAGCAUUAUCAUUGUCUGUUUAGGUAUUCCUCUUUGCAUUAUCAUCGUGUACGCAAUUUUAAAAGCAAAAAGGAAUGCAGAGAAAAAUGUCGCUUCAGAAUACAAAUAAAGUACUUGAUUAUGUGUUUUUAGAAAUUUGCAACGUUCAAAGUUUGUGCUGCUUAAACUAAAUCAAAAUCAUAUUUGUUAUCUUAACUCAUUAUGCAUAUAAAAAUGAAAUAUGGAUGAUCAUUUACAAUAUAUAGUAUUGUAACUGUCUAGGGAAGUCAAGAAUUGAAAUCAGUUUAUUAAAUUAAAAUACACGCACAUGUAAACUUGUCACGUCACAUUCACAUUUUUAUUUCUUAGAUACAUGCUUUAUCAUUUUUUUCUAAAUAGAUGUUAUGAAGUUAGUGUAAACAAACUCUUAGGGUAUUAUGAUGAUAAACAUAAAAUGUGUAUAGAUAUAUAACACUUAAGGCUUAACUUCCUUGUUAUAUAAUUUAUUGCAUGACAUCACAUUAGUCUUGUAACAUUAAAUGUAACUUCAAUGUUUGACGCUGUAAUACACAGGUGUAUUGGAAACAGGUCAUUCAAAUGUUUUGAUUUUUUUUUUCGUCUUCUUUUAUCAGGCGGCUUUAAAAUACAUUGCAUAAGCAGUAUGUGGUCAAUGAUAGGCUCGAAUUCAAAGACUUAACAAUACUAGCUGUAUCCAGAUUGAAGGUAAUUAUACAAGUAAAUUGGCUACGUGUUUGACGUAGCAAAUUAAUACUGCGAUGACCAGCUUGAAUGUAAAAGACAUACAGAGUGUUAAAAAAAAACGACCAGAUCGAUUUCUUAAAAAAACGACUUGUCCCGGUUAGGCUUUAUUCCACUUUCUUCUGCUUUUGAAACUAGAACAAUAAACAAGACUCACUAUUCAUUAUAGGAUUCAAAAAGCAUUUUGUUCCCAUUCAGCUCGACUGAGCAGAACGUACUCAAGAUGAGGUCUUUUGAUCAAGUUACUUCAAUUGUCGUCGUUAACAGUCAAAAUUAUGAACACGUCAUAACGAAACUUGCUAGAUUGUUAUUCUUAAUAAAAUAUUGGACGGUUUAGUUUUUGAAUUAUAUGGCAGAUAAAACUAGCUCACUAGGUACAUUAAUAGUAAACAAUUGUAAAGUCUCUAGAGGAAACAUUUCUAUUUGAUCUUCACACAUAUUUGUCAUAGUAUUUGACUGCCUCAUAACAAGGUCAUCGGAUACUAAUAUAUGAGGUCGAAAUCUAGGUCAAUGAAUUUGAAUCUUGUUUACCUUAGAUCUUAAACCAGGUCCAUAGGCAAUCAGUUUUAUUUAAACUUUAUAAAACUUUGCCAAUUGUUUUAUUUUGUAAAAUUUAGGUCAAGUUUAAAUUACCAGUUCAUAAUAAUAAAAUUGUUACUUGCACUCGAGGCCAUCUUCUAGCUCAUCAUUAUCUGUGUCAGAACGUUUAUCUCUUGAUCACAUCUGUCUCAAAGUGAAAAGUUGGGUGUGUGACAUUUAAAACUAAUUCACCUGAUUGAAUCAUAAAUAUACCUUGUCAACAUUCCUUAAGCUAUAUUUGGUCGUUAAUGUUAACAUAAAUGUAAAUUUGCCAAUCUCUUAACUGUGCAUUUCUUGAUUUUGAUAAAAUGUAAAAUACUGUGACGAAUACAUGUAGUGUCCUUUAUCGCUUUUGCGUGAAACACAAUAAUGUUUUUCAUAAAUUUCCUAACCUUUGUUUUGCAAUUUAACAUUUAUAAUUCAUAACUCAGAAUAUGGAGAAGUUCUGUGCCAAUUUUCAUUGAUCAAGCUUAAAUUGUUUUCAAAUGGUGGCAGAAAGGGCAUCUAAGAAAAGUCGCUUUUGAAACGUUAUGUUAUUCACUUAGAAUUUUCCAUAUUUUUCAAAUAAAAUAAUGGCAUGAUAACAUGGAUUUCCAUGUAAAUGCGUGUUAUUAGCUUAUAGAGAAUUUGUAUGAAUUAUUUAGGUGUUUGAUUUGUCAUGAUCGGAUGAAAAUUGUUGAAGAUGUCAAGAAAGUGUGCAAUGGGUAGGAUAUUAUGCAGUUUUUCACUAAUUUUUUCCUUUUGUCAUUAUAAAUAAUUGCAAUGUAAACAUUAUUAUUUUUUCUCAUAUUCUUGUACACAAUCAUUUCUCUGGUGUGAUAGUACUCACAGAAAUCAAAAUCAUAUACUCAUGUAAUUUAAAUGUAUGACAUUAUUUUAAAAGGAAAAUCAGGUUUUUUUGUAACCAGAUGUAUUUUGUAGAUUUGUAAGAUAUUAUGAGAGUCUUUAUUAAUUUGUUCUUAUCAAAUUAACAUUUUUGACAUUAAAAUCUGAUGCUAU